AUGAUAUCAGCCAUUUCCACUAACAUGGAUCAGAACACUAAAAGAGAAUCUAUUUACCUUCCUCCCAUAAAUGUCCCUGUAGUCACACCUGUCAGUAACAGGACGUCAUCCAGAGAGUCACAAUUUCCUUGCUUCAAUACAGUGCUCCUUUCAGGUAUUAAGGGCCAUGAUAGUUCAGUUGAUUAUAGCCCUAGGACAUCGGUGGCAUAUACGGACACAGCUAAUUCCUUGGCGACCUUAGCACAAUCUUCAACUCGAUACCCUAGCCGCAACGAUAACAAGAGUCCAAACCAGAAUCAGAUUCUUCAUCAAAACAAUCAUAAUCACAAGGUACACUGGAACAAUAAGUUGGAAGAAAGCUUUAUAUCAAUUGUACUGGAGAAAAUGCCCCAAACUGCAGGGUACACGAACACUAUUAAGGCAUGGCAAGAGGUUUUAGAUGAGUUUAACCAACAAAAUGGAUUGAGUAUCAAACAAUACAGAACACUUCAGCUCAAAUUCGACAGUUUAUAUAAAGAGUAUCUGGCGAAAAAAUCUCUUGAUUCCGGAGACGAGCAACUUCAUGCUAUUGAGUUGGAGAAAACCAGUUCUUUCAUUGAAUCUCGCCUGGAUCAGAUUCAAGAGAAAAUCAACGCUAAAAGAUUGUUCAAACUACAAGAGAGUAAAUUGAAGAAGGGCAAACGAAAGGCUAGCGACGUUGAUGAAAACUGUCAUUUUCACACCAGCGAUAAAAGAACGAAGUCUUCCGAUGAUAUUGAUUAUUAUUUGCAUACUUCAAAUGCAGACUCCCCCAGAUCUUCUACGUCGUCAAUAACUCUUCAGCACACUCUUGGAGACUUGUUCAGGGAUUUAGAGUCAAGGUUAGUGACACGGAUUGACACCUUCUGCUCAGUAUUAGAGAAAAAGAUGGAUACCAAUUUUGAAUGUAUAAUGCAACGCGUCGAUCAAAUUGCUGAGAAGGUGGAACGAUAG